UUCCCGGGCACUUCCUGAGCGGCUGGCAGCGCUCCCCGGGCCCCCGGCUGGCUCGCUGGCUCGCACGGCCCCGCUCUGCGUCGGCCGCGCCGCGGUGGAGGCGCGCGAGGGGGACGCGGCCGGGGAUGAGCGGACUGCGGGUAAACACGCUGCGGAGCGGCCCCACGGAGCUGUAAGGAGCUGCUUUUCCCUGAGUCGCCGCCCUGCCCUUGGAUUUGACAUCAUGUCCAUUCACAUCGUGGCGCUGGGGAACGAGGGGGACGCGUUCCACCAGGACAAUCGGCCGUCGGGGCUCAUCCGCACUUACCUGGGGAGAAGCCCUCUGGUCUCGGGGGAUGAAAGCAGCUUGUUGCUGAACGCGACCGGCACAGUCGCGCGUCCCGUGUUCACCGAGUACCAGGCCAGUGCGUUUGGGAACGUCAAGCUGGUGGUCCACGACUGUCCCGUCUGGGACAUUUUUGACAGUGAUUGGUAUACGUCUCGAAAUCUAAUUGGGAGUGCUGACAUCAUUGUGAUCAAAUACAACGUAAACGACAAGUUUUCAUUCCAUGAAGUAAAGGAUAAUUAUAUUCCAGUGAUAAAAAGAGCAUUAAAUUCAGUUCCAGUAAUCAUUGCUGCUGUUGGUACCAGACAAAAUGAAGAAUUACCUUGUACGUGCCCGCUGUGUACCUCAGACAGAGGUAGCUGUGUUAGUACGACUGAAGGGAUCCAACUGGCUAAAGAACUAGGAGCUACCUAUCUUGAACUGCACAGCCUCGAUGACUUCUAUAUAGGAAAAUAUUUUGGAGGAGUGUUGGAGUAUUUUAUGAUUCAAGCCUUAAAUCAGAAGACAAGUGAAAAAAUGAAGAAAAGAAAAAUGAGCAACUCGUUUCAUGGAAUAAGACCACCUCAGCUUGAACAACCAGAAAAAAUGCCUGUCUUAAAGGCCGAAGCAUCACAUUAUAACGCUGACUUAAAUAACUUGCUCUUCUGCUGCCAGUGUGUGGACGUGGUAUUUUACAACCCAGAUCUAAAGGAAGUGGUAGAGGCCCACAAGAUCGUUCUCUGUGCUGUAAGCCAUGUUUUCAUGCUGCUUUUCAAUGUGAAGAGUCCCAAUGACAUUCAGGAUUCCAGUAUCAUCCGAACUACCCAGGAUCUCUUUGCUAUAAACAGAGAUACUGCGUUUCCAGGUGCUAGCCAGGAAUCUUCAGGCAACCCACCAUUACGAGUCAUUGUUAAAGACGUCCUCUUCUGUUCUUGUUUAUCAGACAUUCUGCGCUUCAUUUAUUCAGGUGCUUUUCAGUGGGAAGAAUUGGAAGAAGAUAUCAGGAAGAAGUUGAAAGAUUCUGGGGAUGUUUCAAAUGUAAUUGAGAAAGUUAAAUGCAUUUUAAAAACACCGGGAAAGAUUAAUUGCCUAAGAAACUGCAAAACCUAUCAAGCCAGAAAACCUCUGUGGUUUUAUAACACUUCCCUCAAGUUUUUCCUUAAUAAACCCAUGCUUGCUGAUGUCGUCUUUGAAAUACAAGGUACGACAGUGCCAGCCCACAGGGCCAUCCUGGUGGCCCGCUGUGAAGUGAUGGCAGCCAUGUUUAAUGGAAAUUACAUGGAAGCAAAGAGUGUCCUGAUUCCAGUUUAUGGUGUUUCCAAAGAGACUUUCUUGUCAUUUUUAGAAUACCUGUACACAGACUCUUGCUGUCCAGCUGGCAUUUUUCAGGCCAUGUGUCUGCUGAUCUGUGCUGAGAUGUACCAGGUAUCCAGACUGCAGCACAUCUGUGAGCUGUUCAUCAUCACACAACUACAGAGCAUGCCAAGCAGGGAGCUGGCCUCCAUGAACCUCGAUAUAGUUGACUUGCUCAAAAAGGCAAAGUUUCACCACUCUGAUUGCCUUUCAACCUGGCUACUUCAUUUCAUUGCCACUAACUACCUCAUCUUCAGUCAAAAGCCUGAAUUUCAGGAUCUUUCAGUGGAAGAACGCAGUUUUGUUGAAAAGCACAGAUGGCCAUCGAAUAUGUACUUGAAGCAGCUUGCAGAAUACAGGAAGUAUAUUCACUCCCGGAAAUGUCGUUGCUUAGUAAUGUAACCUGGAGCUUUUAUAUACAUACACUUUUAUAUACAUACACUUUUUUUAUUAUUAUUAUUAAAAAUAGGAUACCUCUGGGUUCCAUAAAAUUCUUAUGACUGAAACUAAUGUGGGCUUUAAAAAAAAUCACCAUACAGCUUAAUGUAUUUAUUAGGUCUCCUUGAAAAAAUUACUAUUAUUGUCCUAAAAGGGAACAAAAUAUACUGUAGACUAAAAUUAAGACUUCACCCUAGAAUAUAAAGCUGUUGCACAGCUAUGUUUUCCCUUUAACAUGUCCUGUUGCCUUAAUGAUAUUAAAACUCCUCCCAGUUAGGGAAUGUUUUAAGUUUUUUAAAAAUCUUAUAGGAUUAAUACAGAAAUUUCAUCAUCUGAUUAAUUGCUGUAUUAAAAUAAAGGACAUUUAAAAGCCCAGUAUAACUGUUUCUAAAAUGAGAAAUCUAGGAGAAGACUAAUCAGUCCAAUGUGAGAUUUUAGAAAUAGAAAUUUGCCUGGGAUUUUGAAAAGUGAAAUGCCGCUUAAUUCCAAAUCAGUGACAGCGUUUGAAUCAUCACGAAGAAAACCUGUUUUUCAUCUGGACAACCCAGCUGAACUAACUUGUCUCCUCCCUGGGAUUCUGAUUAGUCUGGAAAGCUAAACACGGCCCACUUUCCCAGUGUGUCACCUGUGUAGUUACACAGGGCCCCACACUAAGAAAGGCCCUGCUGCACUAGGGUCAGUGCUCUUGAAGCUUUUAAUAAUGUUUGAAGAAGGGCUCUGUGUUUUUCAGUUUGCACUGGGUCCCCCAAAAUAUGUAUAUUUCUUGGCAGGAAAUAAACUAUGUUUUCUUGCUCAAACGUCAUUCUCUCUGAAAGCAGCAAAGAGGCGAUGGUACCAAGGAAAGAGUAGGAGGCUUGCUGAAGGGAAGAGAGCAUAAAAGGAUUUCUGACUUUGGGGACGUCUGUACCAUCCAGGACCUCCACUACCACUUUAGCUGGGCAAGUGAGAAGUGAGUUGUGUUGUCUUAGAACAUCACAGUUCUGGCUCUAUUGCAGAUGAACCAAUACUUUCUUGAUCAUUCUGUAAGACCAGAUGUUGUAAGAGUGACCAACCAGGCUGACUUUAAUACACUUUAACUUGUAAAGAUGCUCAUAGAAAAAGAUGCUUUUUAGAGAAUUUGUUAUCGAAGACUCAAGACUUGGUUUUUGUUUGUUUGUUUGUUUGUUUUAUUAACUAAGAUUAGAAUGUCACUGACUUGAACUGUUUAAAUUUUUUCCAAGGACUGAAAGGUUAUUUGAUGAGGAAUAGUGUGAAUCUUAUCCUUCAAGAUUACUCAGUAAAUUGAAAGAAAAGAUACAAAUCGAAGACUUGUUACAUGUAGAGAGAAUGGUACUGGGUUAGAGGACAGAAUUAUAGUUACUCUUGUAUCACAUGUAUACAGAAAUAAUUACAUCGGAAGCUCACAAGCCUAGAGAUGGAGAACAGAUUGCUAUUGAUAAUUAGCAUAAUUUCCAUCUGCAAUUCAGUAUUGGAAUAUACUUUCCUUUUAAUUUCCAGUGACUUUAGAGUACAUAUAGUUUUUCAAAGGUUUGAUUAAACAGUUUCAUACUAUAGUAUUAGGAUCCCUUACAGUUAGCCCUUGUAUGUAAACCAACACUGUCAGAGUAAAACAGUAAAAAUUCCCUGUAGAUAUAUUCCAAGAAACCUGAUUUUAACUGGACUGCGUUAAUGAAGAUUACUAGAAUGCAUUUUAUGUUUUUUGUAUUUUAAUCACAUUAGUUAUUCUACUAUUGGAAAAUCCCACUUGACAAGGAAUAGCAUUGUAAAGAAUAGAGACUGUAGUCUCUAUUUUAAGAACUUGGAAAGUUUAAGAACUUGGAAAAUGCAGUGACUGCCCUUUGUUCUUAUAAAUAAAAUUAUAUAAAUUACAGCAUUUAAUAUUCUAAGUCAGUAACUUUUAAUCUAGGAAAUUGAAAAAUGUAAGUUGCAAAGCAAAAUAUUUUCUUGAAAAUACUAUUUAACAUUUAAAUAGACUGUAGAUAGUUCUUUUAGGUUGUUUGACCUGAAUGGGAGUUGGGUUUGGAAGCUGGUACUCUGUUGGUGUGGAGCAUGGUGAAAAAUGUACAUUACAAAGCAUGGUGAAAAAUGUAAGUUACAAAGCAAAAUAUUUUCUUGAAAAUACUAUAUAAUGUUUAAAUAGGCUAUAGAUAGUUCUUUUAGGUUGUCUGACCUGAGUGGAAGCUGGGUUUGGGAGCUGGUGGUCUGUUGGUGUUGAGCACACAGUUUUUAUUAUGAAAGUUCUUUACCACCUGUGUGAGUGAUUCAAACACCCAGAUGUCACAGCUCUCCAGGGCUAGUCAGAACAGUAAUCAAAUUAGUUUUUAAACCCAUUUGGAUGUAGACUCUUCAAUAUCUUUCAAUUAACUGUAUUUAAAAUAACAAGAUAUUUAAAAAUAUUUACAAACUGGGAGAAAUGAGUGCUGAUUUUGAAGGGUUUUUUUUAAUUGAAAGAUUGUUUCUAGAUGAGUGUACGCUUUGUGCUGAAAUCUGCUUCAAUAUAUUUACCAAUCAUUUUAAUUA